AUGGAGAAUGUGCAUAGACUAUAGAAAAUUAAAUGAUGCAACUAGAAAAGACCAUUUUCCACUACCAUUUGCAGAUCAAAUGUUAGAAAGACUUGCUGGACAUUCAUUUUAUUGAGAAUGCCAUUUGGUUUGUGUAAUGCCCCUGCCACUUUUCAAAGAUGCAUGCUUUCUAUUUUUUCUGAUAUGGUAGAAAACAUCAUAGAAGUGUUCAUGGACGAUUUCUCUGUUUUUGGUGAUUCUUUUGAUGAUUGUUUAGCUAAUCUAUCCACUGUUUUGCAGAGAUGUCAAGAUACUAACCUUGUGUUAAAUUGGGAGAAGUGCCAUUUCAUGGUACAAGAAGGCAUUGUCCUUGUUAGAUGUUUUUUUGGACAUGCUGGUUUUUAUAGAAGAUUCAUAAAAGAUUUUUCCAAGAUUGCUAAACCCUUGAGUAAUUUACUUGUAAAAGAUGCAAAUUUCAUAUUUGAUGAUAAUUGUUUGCAUGCAUUUUCUGUUUUAAAAGAGAAACUGAUUUCUGCACCUAUUCUUGCAAAACCAGAUUGGAAAUUACCUUUUGAACUCAUGUGUGAUGCAAGUGAUAGUGCAGUGGGUGCUGUUUUAGGACGGAGGAAAGAUAGGAAAUUACAUGCUAUAUAUUAUUCAAGCAAAGUGUUAAAUCCUGCACAAGUGAAUUACACAACAACAGAAAAAGAACUUUUAGUUGUUGUAUAUGCUUUUGAUAAGUUCAGAUCAUAUUUAGUGGGUUCAAAAGUGAUUGUAUACACUGAUCAUGCUGCUCUUAAAUAUCUUUUGACAAAACAGGAUGCAAAUCCCAGAUUAUUAAGAUGGAUUCUACUCCUCCAAGAAUUUGAGCUAGAGAUCAAAGACAAAAAAGGAAAAGAAAACAGUGUUGCCGACCAUUUGUCAAGAUUACCACUUGAAGUCAUACCAUUUGGAGUGGAACAAAUUAAAGAAGAAUUUCCAGAUGAAAGCCUAUUCAAGAUUGAAUCACAGCCCUGGUUUGCUGAUAUAGCCAACUUUAAAGCUACACACCAUGUUCCAAAUUGGAUGAAUUGGCAGCAGAGAAAAAAAUUCUUCCAUGAUAAAUUGUUUGACAUGUGGGGAAUAGACUUCAUGGGUCCUUUCCCUACCUCAUUCUCAAAUGAGUACAUGCUUGUAGCAGUGGACUAUGUGUCCAAAUGGGUGGAAGCAAUUCCUACCAGAACCAAUGAUGCUAAGACUGUUAUUGCGUUUAUCAAAAAGAACAUUUUUUCAAGAUUUGGAGUGCCCAGAAUUCUGAUAAGUGAUGGAGGAAGCCAUUUCUGCAACAAAUAUCUAGAAUCAGUCCUAGAGAAGUAUGGAGUAAAGCAUAGAAUAGCUACACCCUAUCACCCUCAAACAAGUGGUCAAGUGGAGGUUUCCAACAGAGAAAUAAAACAUAUUUUGGAGAAAAUAGUUAGUAGUUCAAGGAAGGACUGGUCUAAGAAAGUGGAUGAUGCUUUGUGGGCAUACAGGACAACUUUCAAGACACCAAUUGGCAUGUCUCCUUAUCAAUUAGUAUAUGGAAAAGCCUGCCAUUUACCAUGCAGGAAAAGAUUGUUACAGUUGCAUGAAUUAGACGAGUUUAGACUCAAUGCAUAUGAAAAUGCCAAAAUGUAUAAGGAAAGGACCAAAAAGCUGCAUAUGGACCCACUCCGAGCGAGGAUUUGGGGAGAGGAUUCGAGAGGAAAGGAGGGAUGGAUCUACGACCCAGCAACGCGCCGCUUGACGUACCAGGGAAUGGUCUUCAUGACCAUGGGACCUCUCACUGAAGGCGAAUGGAAGCCCAACUGGAUGGACCACAUUUUUGCCGAAAUCUCCGUGCCCCUACCACCUGAACGGAGUAUCAUCAUUCAUACACCUCCCUUUUCUCCACCGUCUCAUGAACCUCCCGCCAAACGCCUUAAGACUUUUGUGGAUAAAGGUAAAACUAUCAUUGACCUUGACCCUGAACCCAGCCCUUGUCCUAGCCCUACUCCUGCGCCCGCACCUGAAUGGAAAGUCAUUGGAGUGGUUGCGUCUUCCGUCAGGCCAGUCCCUCGUCAACCUCUCGAUAUUCAGGCGCCACCUUCCGACGAAGCUGGACCUUCCACCCGACACCCUUCUCCACCACUGCCACCCACCUCAAGAUCGCCACCGCCUACCAUCGGUUGGAUUGACAGUGACCCGGACGACUUGCCGCCCUCUCCUCGCCCUCAGCCUGUGGAUGUUGCACCUGAUUCUGAUGGAAUGGAAUCUGAUCCUAGUGAAGAUUCCUUUCCACCAGAGUUUUAUAUGUAG